AUGACCAUGGACCUCUCAAUCGCUUCUAUUGAGGAGGAGCUCACCGAUCCGAUCAAAUCCGCUGCGGCGCCCCAGGAGGCUGUUAAUGUGAAAGUGUGCUGCAGGUUCCGACCUAUGAGUCGUCAGGAGCUCCAGAUCACCGGUGGAGGUCGGAGCUGUGCACAGUUCCCCAGCCCUUCCUGUGUGACGAUCAAUCGGUGUGUUGAAACUGAAGGAGGGACCUUUACUUUCGAUAGGGUCUUCGACCCCGAUUGCCCCCAAAGCGAAGUUUAUGACUAUGCCGCGAAGCCUAUCAUCAGAGGGGUCAUGCAGGGGUUCAACGGCACAGUGUUCGCCUAUGGCCAAACAGCUAGCGGCAAGACGUACACAAUGGAAGGGCCUGACCUCUACAGUGAGCGCGAUAUGGGCGUCAUACCCCGUAUGGUUGACACAUUGUUCGAGGAGGCAGAGACGGCCCCUGAGGACAUAGAGUAUACUAUUAGAAUUAGCCUGGUGGAGAUCUACAACGAGAGGAUACGUGACCUGAUGGACCUCUCUAAGGACCACUUGAAGAUCAAGGAGGACCCGAGGAAGGGCAUCUUUAUCGCGGGGGUGACCGAGAGAUAUAUCAACAACAAGGAGUUGAUAUUUGAAAUUCUCAAGGAAGGGCAUGCAAAUCGCACAGCAGCGGUGACCAACAUGAACGAGCAUUCCUCGAGAUCACAUCUGAUUCUAAUGCUGACCGCUACUGCUAAGAACGCCUCCGAUGAGUCGGUGAAGGAAGGCUCUCUGCGCCUGGUUGACCUCGCUGGGUCGGAGAAAGUCUCCAAGACUGGCGCUACCGGCAAUCGGCUGGUCGAGGCUGGGAGCAUCAAUCGUUCCCUCUCUGCCCUGGGGAAUGUCAUCAACGCCCUCACUAGUCCUAGUGGCAAUUCUGGUGACAAGAAGCACAUACCCUAUCGGGACUCCCGCCUCACUCGAGUGCUACAAGAGUCUCUCGGUGGCAACUCCAAGACCUGCAUUAUCCUCACGUGCAGUCCGAGCCAGGCGAACAUCACGGAAACCGUAUCGACCCUCAGGUUCGGGCAGCGGGCCAAGGCUAUCAAGAAUGUAUGCCAUGUUAACCAAAGGCGCUCAGUGGAGGAGCUGACGACGAUGCUGGAGAAGAGCCAGGGCCUGGUUGUGAAGCAUAGGCAGACUCUGAUACGCUGCAAGAAGAUUAUCAAGCACCUCAAGGAGCGGUGCGUGCAGGCUGGCAUUGACAUAGGCGGCGGCGGCGGUGAGGGCAGCGGCAGCGGUCUUGAAGAAACAUAUGAAAUCACAGGCAUUGAAUCAAUCUCGAUGGAGGCAUCACCUACCACUACUACAGGAUCUCACAAAGGCUCUCCCGAAGCUCAAAAUGCUGUGCCGCUGGCAUCCAUGCUGAGUACUUCUGUUCCUGACCUGGCCAAGGUCGAGGAUACAAAGGUUCGAGAGCUCAAGGACCAGCUCGCUGACCAGGAGCUGGAGAAUCGGGGGUUACGCGAGGAGAUAGAAGAACAGGCGGCUAAGUUCGAGGAGCUCCGGUCGGAGAUUGCUGCGGCACAGGAGGCUAAGGCUAGCUUGGAGUACCAGUUGCAGGAGGCCAACGAUGCUCAGAAUCAACUUGCCGUGAGGAGGGUGCGUGAAGGAGAUGAAUCCCGUCGAGAAGUUGCUGUAUUGCGUGAGAAGUUGGAAGUGGCUGAGAGUCUUCGAAAACAGCAAGAGGAAACGAGGGAGAGAGAACAGCCUGGAUCACCGGUCAAGCCAGGAAGUGAUGGCGAGCGGAGUAGAACAGAUGAUAAGGCGCCGUCACUACGGCUGCUGGUCCAAGAAUUGCAGACUACAAAGAUGCUGCAGGCGCAGCGCAUUGAUCGUUUGGAGCAGCUCCUCGAGCAAGCUGGCUCGAAUGGGGGUGAGGGCGGGGCUGUUGAUGGCCUCUUGUCGCGGCAAACGGAGGAACUCGAGCGUCGUAUAGCAGAAUUGGAAGGGCAGUUGAGUCAACAGAUCUUACGGCAUAAAGAAGAGGAAUGGAUGAUGAAACACAAGAUGAUACAGCUCGAUAAGAACCUCAGUCAGCUCACCGACUUGCACCAGGCCAAGAUUGCUCACAACGCUGACUUGCAGAAGGAACUAUACGAGAAGGAGAGAGCAACCAAGAGGAAGGAUACCCGAAUUAAUCAACUGCAGGAGUCUUUGUCCGAGAGCAAGUCCAGAUACGACAAGUUGCUUGUACAAUGUCACAAUAUGACCAAUGCCAUGGAUGUGAGUCAUCAGGACUAA